UUUCGUUUUACUCCUCGAUGCGACGCUUGCAAUCGAAUGAAUCGGUGGAAAGUGAUAGUUAUUCGAAAAUGCUUAGUGAUAAUUUGGAAGAAUUUACGGCUUUGUACAGUAUGGAUGUUAGCAGCAGCAACAGUCCAUCAACGUCUUCGUCGUCGUUAGAAAGCCAACCGCAACUUAUAGGCUUACAAGCAGAUGAAAAUUUUGUGGAUAACUUUGAUUUUGGCUAUGCAGUUGAAAGUACAAGACAAGUCACCUGCAUUAGCGCAAAUCCUAAACGGUGGUCUUCACUGUGUGAACAACAAUUUUACACCAGCGAUUCCAGUAAGACUUCAACUGUCGAAAGCUCAAAAAAUAUUAAAGCUCAUUAUAGAUCGACGUAUAGAAUUGGUUCACUGAAGUCUGCGUCAUCAUCUCAGCAUCAUUUCAAGACAAACUCCAGCUUUUCAACGAGUUCUAGCGACUGCGGUCCACAGGAUGUCAUCAAGAAACGACGACUUGCCGCCAAUGCGCGUGAACGUCGACGCAUGAAUAGCUUGAACGACGCUUUCGAUAAGCUCCGAGACGUUGUACCAUCGCUGGGAAAUGAUCGUCGACUCUCGAAAUACGAAACAUUGCAAAUGGCUCAAGCCUAUAUUGGUGAUUUGGUUAAGUUGCUGACGCGCGAUUAUUAA